UUGCUUUGCUUGCAAUCAGUGCAUUGUGGUUUAUGGCAGACAUUAUGUUUGAGUAUAAAGUCAUCACAUGAAUAAUCCAUCUGCCAUUCAAUGUCUUUUUGCUCCCUUGCAGUUGAAAGUCCUAGCCUCUAAAUCUGCCAACAAAGAGACAAAACAGUGGAGUUUUGAGAGGAAAGUUUGAAGCUUUGAUCACAGUUCAUCAUUAAAGCCACUGUUUUUGUCUCUGGGUUCUUGGGAUUCUCUGUUGUCUUAAGUUUUCUACUUCUGGGUAGAUGUUUUUGUUCAUUCUUGCAGGUUUUUGAAGGUUUGGGAUUUUCCAGCUGAUAUAAAGAUUGCUCCUUUUUGAGGUUUCAGAAUGUUGGCGUUCUUUAGUUUAUGGUUUUGUUAGAUUUUAAGGUUCUUGGUCUUGAAUCUUGACAUACAUGUUCUCUUCCAAUCAAAUCAACAUGCAGCUUGAAUGUUUUUCAUCCUAAAGAUGAUGUUUUUGCUUAGUUUUGGUGUGCAGAUCUUGUUGAGUGAAAGGGGAUGGAGGGAUAUCUGGGAAAGGGUGAGGAAUGUCUUCAGCUGUUAGAUUUGAUUCCGAGCCAGACAGAUUGUGUAGAGAUGAGGGAAGGAAAAGGCUAUGGCGUUUCAGACGAGGAAGAAGAGCUCGAGCUCAGACUUGGUCCUCCAGGUGGAGACAUCGUCUCAGUUGUCCCUUUUGGCUCAUCCAGUGUUGCAGAGAGAAGGGCGAAGGAAUUUUCGUCGUUUCAAUCAGUGCAGCUCGGUUGUAUUCAAGGAGGAGAAAGAUCACAGGUUUCGGGGAACGAGGCAGCUCCAUCUGCGCCCAACGCCUUUCAGAAACGAUCUGCUCCUUCUUCAGUUGUGGGGUGGCCGCCAAUUCGUUCAUUAAGAAAGAAUCGCGCUAGCAGCAAUUUCCUAAAGCCAAAUUCUGAGUCACAAAAUCUGGUUGAAAGUAGCCAGAAAGGGCUGUUUGUCAAGAUCAACAUGGAUGGUGUGCCCAUUGGAAGAAAAGUGGACCUUAAAGCCUGUGACAGCUACAAAAAACUUUCUUCUGCUGUUGAUGAACUUUUUACAGGACUUCUCGCAGCUCAAAAUGGGUACAAGGAAGGAGGGAAGGUGUUUGCUAGCUUGUUAGAUGGAAGAGGAGAAUAUGCCCUAAUUUAUGAGGAUAAUGAAGGAGACAGAAAGCUUGUUAAGGAUGUUCAAUGGCAUGUAUUUGUAUCCACUGUGAAGAGGUUGCGCGUGUCGAAAACCUCAGAAAGAACUAUCUACUCCAAACCCAAACCGUAGAAAGCAGAUAAAGCUGUGAGCUUUGCUGUGAUGAAGCAGGCUAUACAAUGAAGGAAGAAAAGAAUCUUUUUUUGCAGAGAUCAUCUGUGGCAUUGUUUCUGCAAUAACUGACUGUUUUUAAUUAGGGACAAUUCAAAUUCAUUCUAGGUACCAUGUACAUUAUGGUAUGGAUUUCUGUAAUAUAAAAGCUGACACAUCAAUUGAAGCAUUUGUUCCAUCUCAA